AUGUCGCCAGAAAGAGGAGACGUUCCCUUUCGCAUCAUGGUCGUCAAUCCGAAUAUAUCUGUGGAAAUGACCGACGCCCUGAGACCCAUUAUUGAUGGACUCAAAUUUGGCGAUGUCGAGUGGACCUUCUAUACCUCUCAUCGGGAAGACUCAGAAGAGCCGAUCGAGAGCAUCAAUGGCCCCGAGGACUCGGCCAAGACAGCUUGGGCGUGCAGAAAUGUCACUCAACACAUCCCUCAACAUGAUGCAUUCCUCGUGGCCUGUUACUCUGCCCAUCCUCUAGUAGGGAUGUUGCGCAAAGCGAUUGCUGAAUACGAGGCAGAACACUCGGGUCAACGCCAUCGCUUUGUCACGGGGAUUUUUGAAGCCAGUGUCAUGACAUCUCUAUCCUUGAUUAGUGCGUUCAGUCUUACAUCCGUCAGGUACGCGCGCGAGCAGGUCGAGGAUUCCUUCGGCAUUGUGACUACUGGGAGUGCCUGGAAGCCGGACCUCACCUGCGCGGUCGCCGAAAUGCUCGUCGGUAAGGAUGCAGAUCCUCCUGCUUGCUUCGCAGGAGUUGCAACGACGGGCCUGUCUGCUAUCGAGCUGCAUCAUACAGAUCCUCAAGAAGUCCGACGUCGGAUCUCCAAAGCAACAGCAGAUCUCCUCAGAAACUCCAAAACGUUUGUGGCGGCAGUCUGUCUGGGAUGUGCGGGUAUGGUGGGCAUGGACGAAGCUGUCAGAGAAGGCUGUAUCACGGCAUAUGGGAAGCAGAAGGGGAUGCGAGUCCGUAUUAUCGACGGUGUGCUCGCAGGAGCUCGUCAACUGGCAGAUCACUGUCGAUCUGGAUACUAG